GCACGCUUGUAACUGACCGUGCUGAUGUUGUUAUUGUUUAGUGCUGAAGAGUGCUGCAAGGCCUCUCGCUAACUGUGUUUUAUAUUCUCAACUUUUCUGAUCGAAACGUAGGACGUCAAAAGCAUCUAAAUCACUGGACAUUCACUUAUUUGGGACGCGAGGUAUCGCCUCCCAGCACAGUUUUCUUUCUAAACUUAGAUCUGCCGUGACAGAAAUCAACAAUGAGUGAACAUGAGAUGAUGGCACUGCCCAUGAGUCAGGACACUUUUGAGCAGCUCUGGGAUGACAUGGAUUUAAAACAACUCUUUGAAAACUUGCCGAGAUCUAACAGUGAUGCCUGGCUCAAUAAUGCUUUGCCCAAUGGCACCAUUGAUGAAGUGGAGCUCCCCGAGGCCACUGAGGAUCCUGGUUUAGCUGCUCAGAUGUCUCCAUCCAUGGACCGUCUGCCCCCUCCAGCUGCAGGAGUACCAUCUACCAAUGACUACCCUGGAGAAUACGGCUUCCAGCUUCGCUUUAACCAGUCCAGCACCACCAAGUCUGUCAUCUCUACGUAUUCUACAACCUUGAACAAACUGUAUUGCCAGCUGGCAAAGACAUGCCCGGUUAAUGUGUUGGUGGAGAAGGAACCACCUCAUGGAGCAAUCCUUCGGGCCACUGCCAUCUAUAAGAAACCUGAGCAUGUCUCGGUGGUGGUGAUGCGCUGCCCUCAUCACCAAAACAUUGCUGAGAGCAAUGAAGACGUCGCCCAUCGUAGUCAUCUAAUCCGUGUGGAGUGCAAUCAGAGGGCUCAGUAUCUGGUGGACCCCAGCACUAAGAGGCAGAGUGUUACGGUUCCCUAUGAGGCCCCUCAGCUUGGUUCUGAGGGCACAACUGUACUGCUGAACUACAUGUGCAACAGCAGCUGUAUGGGAGGUAUGAACCGUCGACCCAUUCUCACCAUUGUGACAUUGGAGACGCAUGAUGGGCACGUUUUAGGCAGGUGUUGUUUUGAGGUGCGUGUGUGUGCCUGCCCUGGCCGUGACCGAGUAACUGAAGAGAAGAACCUGAUCAAGAAGACGUUGAAAAUGGGAACUAAGCGAAAGUCUACUGCCUUGGAUUCACAGCCCCCUGCUUCUGCUGAAUCUAAUAAAAAGAUUAAGUUUGAUUCCAGUUCUGAGGAGGAGGUCUUUGUUCUGCAUGUUCGUGGGAAAGAGAGAUUCAAUAUGUUAAAAACAAUAAAUGACAGUUUGGAGCUGAUGGACAUAAUGCCUGCAGCGGACAAGGACAAAUACAGGCAGAAAGGUGCAUCCAAGAACUUCAAAAAUUGUGGCAUGGACCUCGGACAGCCGAGCACUGGGAAAAAGCUGGUCCGCAAGGAAGAGAAGAGUGACACUGACUGAAAACGAGCCAGUUUUGUUAGUGUUCUAUGUUUUCAGGGACAUUCUGUACUGCAUCUUCACUUCCCUACUGAAUCAUAGUACUAUGUAAAAGUGUUUCACAAUGUUUGUCCCUGAUUCUUAUAUAAAACCUGUAAAGUUUUUUUUUUUCUGUGCUAAAAAAAGAAAAUGGAUUAUAUUUGCUACAAUGGUGAGGUGGUUAUCACUGUACUGUGCUAACACCUCAAUCCCAGGUCAGUUGUUGGGGAUUUGUUUAGUUAACACAACAGUAAAGAGUAUUUUUUCAUGUUUUUAUAUUUUGUUUGUUAUUGGAGCAUUCCAGAUGCCAUUUUUAUGGCAAAAACCUUUGAUACUUGUCCGAGUUUUUUAUGAUCUGAACAAAAACACGAAUAAAGGUUCCUUUUAAAAAAGAGGUUGGUCACAA